GCAGCGAGGGCAGCGGAACGGGCCGGGCGGGCGCUGCUGCUGCCCUCCCUCGGCACGGGGCCGGGCCGGGCCGAGCCGAGCCCAAGCGGGCCGGACUGCGCUGAGCCGAGCGGAGGAGCCCGACAGAACUGAGCCCAACCGGGCCGGGCCGAGCAGAGCCGAACUGAGCCAAGGAGUCGAAUCGAGCGCAGCCGAACCGAGCCGAGCGGGGCCGAACCGAGCUGGGCAGAGCCGAGGAGCGGAACCGAGCAGACCCGAGCGCAGCCGAACGGGGCCGAACCGAGCCGAGGGCCCGAACCGAGCCGGGCCGAGAGCAGCCGAGCGAGCCCGAACAGAUCCGAGCCGACCCGAGUGGGGCCGAACUGAGCUGAGCCGAGCCGAGGGCCCGAACCGAACCGGGCCGAGAGCAGCCGAGUGAGCCCGAACAGACCCGAGCGCAGCCAAACGGGGCCGAACCGAGCCGAGGGCCCGAACCGAGCGAGGCCGAGCAGACCCGAGCCGCUUCGAUUCCUCGCCGUUGCCCACGGGCUGUGGGUGACGUGCCGUGCCCUCCCGGCAGGGUGACCUCUGCUCCAGGCGGGCUGGUGGCCUCCAUCCCCGUGUGGCACCAUGGCGUCGCGCAUCGGGCUGCGGAUGGAGCUGAUGAAGCAGCAGGCGCAGCAGGAAGCCGAGCGGGAGCGGGUGCAGCAGCAGAUGAUGAUGAGCUACGUGCAGCAGCAGCGCACGCCCGUGGCCUCCAGCCCUGCCAUCAACACCCCCGUCCACUUCCAGUCCCCUCCGCCCGUGCCCGGGGAGGUGCUCAAGGUCCAGUCCUACCUGGAGAACCCCACCACCUACCACCUGCAGAAGUCUCGGGACAAGAAGGUGCAGGCUUAUCUCUCUGAGACCUACGGGAACAAGUUUGCUGCCCACGUCAGCCCCGCCAGCCACUCUCCCAAGCCACCCCCGGCCGCGUCGCCCGGUGUCCGGCCCGGCCACGUCCUGUCCUCCUCGGCGGGCAACAGCGCUCCCAACAGCCCCAUGGCCAUGCUCAACAUCGGCUCCAACCCCGAGAGGGAGUUUGAUGAGGUCAUCGAUGACAUCAUGCGCCUGGAUGAUGUUUUGGGCUACAUGAACCCUGAAGUCCACAUGCCCAACACGCUGCCCAUGUCCAGCAGCCACAUGAAUGUCUACAGUGGGGACCCUCAGGUGACAGCGUCACUCGUUGGUGUCACCAGCAGCUCCUGCCCCGCCGAGCUCACCCAGAAGAGAGAGCUCACAGAUGCUGAGAGCCGAGCCCUGGCCAAGGAGCGCCAGAAGAAAGACAAUCACAACCUGAUCGAGAGGAGGAGAAGGUUCAACAUCAACGACCGCAUCAAGGAGCUGGGGAUGCUGAUCCCCAAAGCCAACGACCUGGACGUGCGCUGGAACAAAGGGACGAUCCUGAAGGCGUCCGUGGACUACAUCAAGAGGAUGCAGAAGGACCUGCAGAGGUCCCGGGACCUGGAGAACCACUCGCGGCGCCUGGAGAUGGCCAACAAGCAGCUGCUGCUCCGCAUCCAGGAGCUGGAGAUGCAGGCACGUGUCCAUGGGCUGCCCACCUCCUCGCCCUCGGGCGUCAACGUGGCCGAGCUGGCUCAGCAAGUGGUCAAGCAAGAAGCCAGCGGGGACGAGGGGAGCCUGGAGCCGCUGCUGCCACCGCCAGAGCCCGAAUCACAGCCACAGCCAGCGCUGCCUGUGCCCCCUCAGUCCCCCUAUCACCAGCUGGACUUCACCCACAGCCUGAGCUUCGAUGAUGGCUCCUUCCCGGACAGCCUGGAGCCCGGGCACAGCUCCUCCUUCCCAUCCCUAUCCAAGAAGGAGCUGGACUUGAUGCUGAUGCAGGACACGAUGCUGCCCCUGGCCUCUGACCCUUUGUUCUCAGCCAUGUCCCCCGAGGCCUCCAAGGCCAGCAGCCGCCGCAGCAGCUUCAGCAUGGAGGACGCAGACAUGCUGUGAUGGGAGGAGCUGCCAGGGCAGGGAUUGCAGCACAACUUUGGGUGGGCAAGUGCCAGGACCCUCCUGGCAGGAGGAGCCCGUCCCACCACGCACCUGGAUCUCCCCAGGAGUGUCUUUGUCUAUGCAAGGAGGGCUCGGGUGCCACCGAGUCUGUCACAGCUUCUUUUGGCCAGGAGGAGGAGGAGGAGGAUGGACCUUCCUGGCUUGGCCUGACUGCAGAUUCCACAGCCUGGCAGCGACGUCUGGGCUGCUUUGCCUUUCAGCUGAAGCCUCCUGGCCUCACCCCCUUCCCUGGGGUGGUGCCUGGGAGCCUGGAGCCCCCGGGGCGAUGCUGUGAGCUUUGUGUCCUGUUUGGUGUCCCCUCACCCUGCUCUGGGAUCCUUCAUCCCCACCCAGUCCUCCCCAGCCCCUGGAUGCUUCCCAGUCCACCCAGUUCCUCCUUGCUGGGAGCACUCACUGCCUCUGGGGUCCCAGCAGGGCGACAAGGUGUUAAUUAGAGCGUGUUCAUUAAUACAGCACCAUUGGGGGUGUUGGUGCUGAAGGUUCCAGAACACCUGGAAUGGGGGGGGGGGGGUUGAUGCUCCACCCACCCCCUGUUGUCACCCCCAGCACCCCAAAACCUUGGGGCAGGGCUGCCAGGUGACCCUGAGUGUCCUGGAGGUGUCCCCACCCAGUGUCUGUGCCCUGUGACACCCCCAGCUCAGUCCUGGGAGGAUAAAAAAGGUUUUCCUGGGAGGAUAAAAAGGGUUUUCCACUUCUGUUUUUUGGGGAGACUUCUUGCAAGUCCUGCCCCACGUGGGCAGGAAGCUCCAGGCUGUGAGCAGGGAACGGUUUGUGCCGGCUGCCAAAGCCGAGCUGCUGCUCCCAGCUGGGAGUUCAGGGCUUGUUCCUCCUGCCAGUGUCACCAGUUUGUCCCACAGCUCUGGACUGGGGAGCUGCUCUGGGCUCUGCCUCGGGUCCUGACUCCCCAGUCCAGCUGGGAAGGGCAGGGGAAGGCUGGAAAACCCUCCAGGGUUUAUUGAGGGAGAGAGGAGAGAAGCUGGAGAGGAGAGGAGACCCCUUGGGCUGUGGGGUCACUCUGUGUCCCCAUCGUGGAGCUGGGUGACCUGGGGGGUCACAGGAAUGUCCUGGGGGGACACAGGUGGCCCCUGGUGACAGGAUUUGGGGUUGGAGGUGGAGGACAGCCCCUCAGAGGGGUCUGUGCUGGGCUGUGGGGUCACUGUGUGCCCCCAUCCUGGAGCUGGGUGUCCUGAGGGGACACAGGAAUGUCCUGGGGGGACACAGGGGUGACCUGG